UGCGCGGAUUGGGGACUCCGUUACUGUAGGUCCUUGUGUUGAGUGGGCUGGGCUGGGAGUAGGAUGAGCAAGCGAGUAAGUGAGUAGCUGCCCGGGUUGCUUACCUGCCUAUCUCCCUAGGUACCUACCUAGUCCCUACCUACCUACCUACCGCGCCUGCGAUCACGCGUUCCUGAUAUCUUCACUCUAGGUAAGGCACCCAUGUGCGUACAUACAUACAUACAUACAUACACACCCCCACCCAUCCAUCCAUACGUCCAUAUGUACAGCCAUGACGCCCACGCACGUGCUCCCCACCCCCAACCCCACACACACCUCCCUAGGUCCUACCUACCUCCGCAGUCCCAGAGCCAAACCAAACCCACGCAAAGGUGACGUCCUCGAUCCGGAGCGGAGCCGCCCCCGAGAUCCUGCAGUGCGCGGUCAUCUGGCGUCGCCGUGCAACGCGACGCUAGGCAGUGCAGCAUGCCUUGCCUUGCCCUGCCAUGCCCUGCCCUGCCAUGCCCUGCCAGGGUCGGGUCAGAUCAGGACGACGAAGGUACUCACUCCGUACGCGUGCGUGGUGCGCACGCACGCCGUACGCACUCGUACUGCGUGUAUCGCGUGCGCUGGUGCUGGUGCUCGUGCCCAUGUUAGGUCGCGCGUGAGGACUGACUGCGGAAUACAUACCUACCUAGUAGUGAGGCGCGCAAGCUCGCUCCGUUGCUUGCUUCUGCCGUGCCGCGGCGUGUCGUGCGUGUGCGCAAUCGGAAUCCAAUCCCAAGUCCAAGUCCAAAUCCAAACCAAUCCGUAAAGGCAGGGCAGGGCGAAUCGCGCUGCUCGUCUGCCCAUGCAUCCAUCUACAUAUCUCCUCCCACAGCAACAGCAACAGCAGCCGACGCGGCUCCCCGCACCCCACACUCCACACCCUAUGCCCAACUGCACUGGCUGGCGUGCACGCGCAGCAACCACCACGACGACGAUCGCGCAUUCGAA